AUGGCCAGUAUUGGUCCCAUGAAACCUUUACAACCUCUAUACCCUCAUAAUUUUGAUCCAAAUGCAAGAUGCAAUUUUCAUGGGGGAAGCAUUGGCCAUUCGACUGAAAGGUGUAUGGGUCUUAAGUUCAAAGUACAAUCGCUAAUUGAUGCAGGAUGGUUGAAGUUCCAGGAAGACAAACCUAGUAUUGAGGUCAACCCCCUUGCCGAGCAUGAAAACGCUUCAACAAAUGCCAUCGAGGUUGGACGACACAAGCUAGUAAGGAAUGUAAGUGAAAUUCGAAGCUCCAAAAAGAUCAUUUUUGAAAAGGUGUUACAAUUGGGUUUGCUAAGGGGCAAAAACGGUCUCGGAGAGGCAUAUGGAAUUCAUCCAAGAACUGAACAUGUCAUUAAUGAAUUUAGAAGUAUUCUCCAGGAUCUGAUUGAUAGAAGCUGCAUACAAAUAUACUAUGAGGAUAAAGAAGGAGAAGUAUUUGCACAGACUGGAGGAAAGUCCAAUAUGACUUUACGAGAACCAUUAGUGAUUUGUUUCACUAGAACCCGUCCUACACUCAUGACACAAGGAAGAAGUGAUAAGAUUGUCCCAUGGAAAUAUGACACACCGUCGCUUUUGACAAAGGAAGAUGUGGAACUUUCAGAAGAAAAGAUCAGGCCAUCAGAUAAGAAUGUUAAAGAAAUUUCCGAUGAAGAGGCAUGUGAAUUCUUGAAAUUUAUACAACAAAGUGAAUAUAAAGUGGUGGAUCAACUAAAACGCAUGCAAGCAAGGAUCUCCCUCUUGGAACUACUCAUGCAUUCAACCUCGCAUAAAAAGUUGUUAAUGAAAGUACUCGGUGGGGCUCAUGUAGAGCAGAAUAUCUCCUUGGACCGGUUCGAGGGGAUUGUUAACAACAUUACUGCUAAUGAUUACCUCACCUUCACUGAUGAAGAAAUACCUGCUGAGGGAAGAGGGCACAAUAAAGCCCUUCAUAUCUCUGUAAAAUGCUUGGAUCAUGCCAUAGCACGCGUUUUAAUUGAUAAUGGUUCCUCCUUGAAUGUAAUGCCUAAGGUAACGCUGGAGAAAUUACCGUAUGAUGUGAUUCACUUGAAGCCAAGUACUAUGAUCGUAAGAGCUUUUGAUGGGAGCAAGAGGGAUGUUAUGGGAGAGAUAGAUUUGCCAGUACAAGUUGGUCCAUGUGUUUUCCAAAUAACCUUUCAGGUCAUGGACAUUCACCCAGCCUACAGUUUCUUGUUAGGUCGCCCUUGGAUCCAUUCGGCGGAAGUGGUGCCCUCUACAUUACAUCAAAAACUAAAGUAUGUCAUGGAUAAUCAGCUAAUCAUAGUCUCAGGAGAAGAAGACUUCCUUGUAAGAGGGCCCUUGUCUACUCGCUAUAUCAAGGCAGCAAAGUAG